AUGGAGGAGCCACGAGAACCACGCCGGCAGAGCAGCAGAACAAAAGUGUCGCGCGAAGAAUACGACAGGCAAUGGAUGGAGUCUCGACUUUCGCUACCACCCAUGGUCCGCAUACCCGGUGCCGCGGUCGCCGCCUUCAGCAUGGGCUUCACCUUGGGUCUUGCACAUGGCAGUCAGAUGGCCGGUCUACGAUUCCGAGCUGAGCACGCACAUAAGCUACCCACAACCACCACCGGCUGGUAUCUAUAUCACAAGAGCAAGAACUAUCACCUCAUGUUUGGAGGUUUAAAAGAAGGCUUCAGCAAUGGCGCGCGGCUGAGCGUGAUCACAACUGCCAUGUUCUGCACCGAGAACCUGUUUGAUGUCUACAGAGGUUCCAAGGACAUGUUCAACACCAUCGCUGCCAGUUUGGCCGUCGCUAGCGGCUUCAGUCUGAUAAAUCGAUUCUCGGCAGCCGAAGGUGCAAGAACAGCACGAAAAGGAUUGAUCGUCGGCGUCGUCUAUGGCGCGAUUCAAGAUGCGCUUUCGCUUGCAAGGGGCCGACCAGUCGGGUACAUCGAAUUCCUGCGCAGACAGAUCGGUAGCAGUGCGGAGGCUCAAGAUGAACAAACCAUAUAA